AUGGGUUGCAAGUGUUGUAAGCAAAAAUCAGAGAAAACAAUCAAAAAAGGUGAAAAAACAAAGUCAAAGAGAGAAAUUCUUUUUGAACCAGACGAUUUCGAUCAGAACAAACUGGAAAAUCUACGCAACAAGAAGCUUCCACCAAAACCAGAGCCCGAUUAUGAAACAAUCGAGAAGCAAGAAUCCAUGCCUUCAGUCUUUCGUCAGGCAAAAUCGAUGGGAACCAGAAAGGCAGAACACAAUUACUUGAUCGAAUAUGAAACUGUCGAUGGAGAAGAAAAGCGAAAACGAAAAAGGGUUGAGAAAAAGAAAGAACACUCUGAAUAUGUUUAUGAAUACAUCAAAUAA